UAAAUAUUGAAAACAUGGCGAGUAAGAAGGCAGAUCUUAAUGAAGUAGCUUUCAUGAGUCUGAUCGACCAGAAGAUCAUGAACAACCUUAGCAAAACAUGCACUAGGAUGUGAAUUAGCGAUUAUGAGAAUGAGGAGAUUGCCUUAGGAGAAGCCAACUGACUUAAUAGAUGAACAUAUAAAUACUCCCAGUUGGUUAAGAUGAGCUAUAUAAUAGACCACGGGAGUUACCCUCUUGAGAACCCUACACCGCCACAGACUUGGAACGUAUAGUAAUUUUUCCCAAAAAUGGAUGGACG